GAAAUUAACAGAAUAUUCAGGAUAUUUUAGGAACUAUCCGGCGUACAUGACGCACAGAGAGCUGUUACGGAUUUUUUUAAGACACAUGGUUAUAUAAUAGAUCUUUUUUAUUUAGUACCGACUGUAAACUACGUGACAUGCUCCAAUACAGUAGGUGGCGGUAUGCACCAUUAAAGUCAUGGCUGCAAUCCGCCAGUAUGAAGAAGACGAAGACGAACAAGGAAAUGAAAGAAAAAAAACAGCUCUGGUUUAGACUUUGUUCAUGCGGGUAGUUACUUUUGAUUUUUUAAAUGGUUGAUUUUCACGGAAACUUAAUUUCCUGAUAACUUUCAAAAAGAAACAGUGCUUUUUAGUAGUUUACUAGUUUGUGUUGGCUUGUUUCUAGACAGAAAUGGGCGACUUCUCUAUCAGCACUUUGGUUUUAUUAGGAGUAGGAUCCAGUUUUGCCUUUUCAGGCUUGUUCCAUCAUUUAUACCAACAGAAGAAAAAGGAGUUGACGAAGCUGAAGGAGAUACCGGUGUUCAGACCAGACGAACAUUUGUACACAGUGCUGAAAUCAUCUCCCCACAGGAGGCUACAGUAUGUUGCAGUAGAAGGCCUUGUCCAGGCAGGUGAGAAGCCUCUAAGCAGCCAGUUUGUCCCAAGGUGCUUUGGUGUGCUUCAGAAGAUAGUAGUCCAGGAACAUGGUGAAUACUGGAACUCCCUCACUAAAACAUGGUACAUUCUCAAUCUUCCUUUAUUACGUCUGCUUUGUACCAGCAUGUUGUCUGAUAACAUUCCCAUUGGCUCUAGGAGCUCUCGGCGGAUGAACAGUAGAGAAACCAACAACUCUGUGCCCUUCUCUCUUGUAUGCCCUGGCUCCUACAUCACCGACUUUGAGGUGAAGGUGCAGGAACCCUCGGAGGGCUCGGGGUAUUUCCUGGAGCGGGUUUACCACCGAGUGAGACGUGCCGAGGAAGGCUUGGUGAACGUGGUGUUGCAGGGCAUCAGCGGCGAACGACCCGUGGCUAUGGAGGAGAGCGAGGAGAUGCUGCGGGUGGGCAGCAUCUUGACUGUAUUUGGGGAGGUGGUUAUGGAGGGAGGCCAUGGCAGGGUGCAGGCGCCGAAAGAUGGCCGCGAGUACCUCCUAAUACCCACUCCCUACAAGAGCUACAUCGAGCGACAUGAGAGAUCAGCCAGCAUGUGGAAGAAGCUGACUGCUGUUACGGGCAUCACUGGAGCAUCUCUGCUAGCCGGUGUCAUUUACAGCAUGGUGGGAACACAGGACGAUAGAUCCAAAUAGAUGUGUUUUCAGUGCAGUCUUGACUCAAAGAUGUUACAUGGGGCGAUUAACGGAUGGAAUCACCCUGUUGGAUCUACUGUAUCUACUCUACAAAUAUAUGGACCAAUGUCUAAAAGCCAAACUACUGAAUCAGUCAAUCAAGGGAGAUAAGGGAUGAAUGAGAUGUGAUUGAUUUAUUUUUAGAAUAAAACCUUUUCUUGUUAAUUCAUGCAUUGUUAUUGCAUUUUAACACUGAACAUUGUAAUUAGAGAAUGUUGUACCUAAUUUCAUUGUUGCACGUUGUCAAGAGGGGAGCUUUUUUUUUUUUUAAUAAAGGAUCAUUUCACAGCACGCAGAGUUAAAACUAAAUGUUGUACAGAAAAUAACGUGUAUGCGGAAGAGUGUGUAAAUGUGGCAACUCAAGUUUUUUGUCUCCAUUGACCCUUCUGCGAUGCAGGUUAUUCCCUGUCCUCCUCUGAAGACUCCUCGGCUUCCUCCAGCCACUGGAUGAACUUCAGAAGCUGCAAGGAGAGCAGAGGAAGACACAUUGAAAUGGGAAUGGAUGGUUGUAGAUGACCACAAUCCACUCCCCUCCCCUGGACACCCCAUAGCUGUUGGGUUAGGUGUUUAUGUACCAUUAUGUAUAUUGUACUAAGCCAUUAUAUUUUUAUAAUUAUAUCAUCCAUGCAUUCUUCUGCUUGAUUUGAUCAGACAGUGGAUCAGAUCUUGUGCAGGUUCACGGCCAAGACAAGGGAUCUUGGUCUCAAAAAGGUUGGUGACCACUUAUCUAUCCAAUACUGAUCCAAUACUCUGCUCCUUCAGCAGCAGACUGUUACACCCACGGUGUAAGGAGAGGUUCCGCAGGUCCUUCAUACCGACCGCUGUCAGGCUCUACAACACCUGCACCACCUGAACCAUGUUGUGGUCACUAUGUAUUCUUUACACUGUAUUCUUUACUUGCUUAUCUUGCUUGCUGCUGUAACAAGUGAAUUUCCCCGCUGUGGGAUAA